AUGGCACACCGUGUUCUAGUUCAAGUUAUAUUCACCGGCGCGCGCGUCUUCGGACGUGCAUUCACAGAGGCUUAUAAGCAGACCGCAGCUCAAAUGGCAAAGCAAGGGACCAGCUCCGCUGCACGUUCGCAGGGGGGUAUGACCAACGAGUACGGUGGCAUUACGCUUGACGAGAGUUGUAAAAUCCUCAACAUCGAAGAAAACGGUCCCGAAAUGAACCUCGACAAGGUGGAACAGCGCUUCAAGUAUCUGUUCGACAUCAACGACAAGGAGAAGGGCGGGUCGUUCUAUCUGCAGAGCAAGAUCUACCGCGCCGCGGAGCGUCUAAAGUGGGAGCUGGCGCAACGAGAACAAGCGGACAAGGGCGCAAGCGCGCACCCGCAGGACCAGCAGCCCGGCCCGCAAAACUAA